UAUUUGCUAGAUUGUUUCGUUUCAUGCAGAAAUGCGUCGAUAAUUUCAAUUUUAUUGAUUUUUGGGCUACGGAAGCUGAACUGUACAAUUAUCUUUUAUUUAUUUUUACGCUAAAACACAUCGAAUGAAUAUAUUUUUAUCAAAAUUCAAGAUGAAGAGGAUAUUCUUAAUAUCCUCGCGUAUCAAAUGUUCAAUGUAAACUUGCUAGGCUAAUAGCAAGCUUAUACAAUUGAUAUCUUGCUUUGCAGGGCAGACCGCCGCAUUUUUCUACCGGGUUCUAUUGUUUCGAAUGAAAACGCAUCGAAUAAGUAUAUUUUUAUCAAGUUUUAUAAUCCAAAUAAUUAUCAAAUACAAUUAUAGCGUAUUAAAAAUAUUCAGCUGUGUACAUGGAUGCAUUACAACUAAGAAAUUUUAAAGACUUUCUUUUGCUGUACAAUCAAAUAUCUGAAAUGUGUUUCAAAAAAUGUACAAAUACUUUCCUGUCUCGAGAAAUUACUUCUGAUGAAGAGCUCUGCAUAAAUAAUUGUGUACAGAAAUACAUCUACACUAAUCAUAAAAUAAUGGAAAUAUUCAUGGAAGUACAACCUAGAAUGGUGCACAAAAGAAUAAAGGAGAUAAACAUGGCUCAAACAGCAGCGUCAGAAGCACAAAAUCAAGUCAAAGUAUAUAUGGACGACAUAUUAUUGGCCGCUCCUUCAACAAGAUAAAUCACAUAUUGGAAGUUUUCAACUCCUUAGAUGAACAUCUAAAGUUUACGAUUAAAAUAAAAAAUAAUAAUCAAUUAAACUCUUUGGAUAUAAAAUUAAUCAGAGAAGAACAUUCAAUUAAAUUUGAUUUAUUCCUUAAAGCCAUAUUCUCAGGCAGAUAUCUUAACAAUUGUGACUCGUCAAGGACAGAUCAUUUAACAUUGAUUGUUAAUUAUGUUUAACUUGCUGAUGAUGACUCCAAAAAAAAUGAAAACUUUUAAGAUUUCGGAAUAAAGCUGCAUAUCUUUUAUCAA